AUGGAAAAUUUUCGGUGUACCGAAUUCCUCACUGAAUCACCAUCAACAUCUUCUGCACCGGCAAGAUUUGGACGAAUUACCGCAACAACAAUACCGCCAACCGUUUCUGCACCACCAACAACACGAAAUAUCAAUUCUGCAUCAACAUCAGCACCAACAUCACGGCAACAUCAACAACAACAAUCACAACUUCGUCGUCGUGCUACCAAAAGUGAUAUAGGCCUUCGGCGAUCAUCACCAAAUGAUGUUAUGAAAUUGCUUCUUGGGCAGAUACCAGUGAGCAGGAAAAGAUCAACAACGGAUCGUUUGAAUGUUGCACAAUGGCCAAGUGUUCUUCCUCUAGCAGAUAAAACUGUUCAUUGCAUACCAGUGAGCAGGAAAAGAUCAACAACGGAUCGUUUGAAUGUUGCACAAUGGCCAAGUGUUCUUCCUCUAGCAGAUAAAACUGUUCAUUGCGAUGAUCGUUGCUUAGAAAGUAUGUUCAAAGCACAAAGUAUGAAACCAAUGCAUGGAAAUUGUUUUCUAAGUGUUCAAAUGGAUGUAACAGCACAUCAUCGGCAACAAGUUGUUGAAUGGAUAUAUGAUGUAUGUAAAGAGGAAUAUUGUGAGCCCGAUGUUUUCUUACUAGCAGUAUCAUUAGUGGAUCGUUUUCUUAGUGUUCAAUCCUUUCAUCGUAACAAUUUGCAAGCAUUAGCCGGUGCAUGUUUAUUUGUAUCAAGUAAGGUGAAAGCACCGCAACCGUUAAAUGCUGAAAGGAUUGCUUACUAUACGGAUGGUGCGGUACGAAUGGAUCAAAUUUUGCAAGGCGAAUUACUGGUGUUAAAUAAGUUAAAUUGGGAUGUUUCAACGUCGACAGCACUUGAUUUUCUUGAUCAGGUUGCUGCUCGUUAUAGUGAUCUACAUCCGUUAUCCGAAGAUAGUCGUCUUGCAGCACAUCGGAUACAAUUGGGUUAG